GUGAUAGAAUUCUGUGAGACCUUUCUCUCCUCCUUUUCCUCGAACUACACCCUAAUUCUUCUUCAUUCACCUUUUCUUAUCCCCAACGUCAAUCCAUAUUUUCAGUUUUUCGGGAUCUGAUAGAUUUUUGUGAUGGAAAAUGGUGUGAGUAAAGUGGAAGAAGUGAAGCUGAAAGUAGGAAAAGAUGAUGUCUUAGGAGAUAUGGCAAAUGGUGGAGGAAGUGGAAGUGAUGAUGCUGGUGAUGAGAGUGUAUCGGAAAUGGUCAAUGUGGAAGUUGUUGAUGGUAGAAAGGAUUUGAGUGAUGAGAAUGGUGACGGUUUGGGUGAUUCGCUAUUGUUAGAUGGGAGUGUAGACAUAGCUGAGAAGUUUAAAGGUGCAGCGGAGGCUUCUUCUGAGCUUGAAACAGUCAAGGCAAAGGCUGAUAUGAAUCUGGCUGAGGUGAUUGAUGGGGAAAGUAGUACCAUUGAGAAUGCAACCAGGGAUCAAUCGAUGGUGGAUUGUGAUGAACAUGAGGGGGAAGUGUCCAUUGUGGAAGAGUUAAAUGGGGAGAUAAAUGUGUCGGAUAAUACUUUUAGUGAUCAACUGAUUGUGUUGAAAGCUAAUGAGGCCGUGAAUGAUGAUGUUGGUGGAGAAAGUACUUCUAGCAAUCAAUCUAGUGGAUUGGAAGUUAACGAGGCUUCAAAUGAUGAUAAUAGUGAGGAAAAGGUGGUUAAGUUGGCACAUGCGCUUGAUGGAGAGAGUAGUUCUGCUAAUACUACCAUGGAUCAAGUUAGUGAGUUGGAAACGGAUGUGUCGGUGGUUGGUGGAAAAGGUAAGGCGGAAGUUGUGGGUUUGGCCGAUGAACACGUGAUUAAUUUGGUGCAGACAAGCGGUAAAGAAAGCAUUUCUGAUAGUGCGGAUAGGGGUCAGGCUUGUGAGUUGGACUCCAAUAUGUCAGUGGUUGGUGGAAACGACGAGGUAGAAUUGGUGCGUCUGUCUGAUGAACAAGUUCUUAAUUUGGUGCAGGGGACUGAUAGGGAAAGUACUUUUGAUAAUGCUGCAAGGGAUCACUCUGGUGAGCUGGAAACCGAUGUGUCAGUGGUUGGUGGAAAACUCAAGGCGGAAGUGGUGGCUGUGACUGAUGAUCAUAAUGCUUAUACAUAUGCAACCAAAGACGAGCCACAUCUGUUGGAGAAUAAUGUGGUUAUAGAGAAUGGGGUAAAUGGGGAUGGGGAGGUAUCCAAUGUAGAUACAUUAGACGAUGUCCAUGAUGUUAAUGAGAAGCCAGCUUCUGUAACUUUAGGACAUUCUGAAAAUGGAGCUCCAAAAAGUGUUGCUCUGGAUGAGAUAGUGCUCCAAGAAGAUGGACUAAAUGUAGAUUCUGCGAGUCACAUAACACAGCCAGAUGGUGAGAUAGGAGGCGAUGAAAACAUAGAUGUCAAUGAAAAACAUAACUUGGGGGCUGAAUGUAAAGUUGGUGACAGUAAGAAUAGAGUGGAAGAGUUUGAAACUUCAAUCAGUAAAUCAGUUAAUGUGCAAAGCGAGUCAACACUUGAACAAAUUCAAGAGGGGGAACAUAAAAGUUUUGAUUCUUCUUCAGCACAUCAAGAUGCUGAAAACCUGGAACAAGUAAUAGAUUCGGCCAUUGAUGUGCCUAAUAACCAUGUCGAGAGCCUUAAUUCAGAAAAUGGCAUUCAUGUUUCUAUGGAGGAAAGGACGGAAAAUCCCAAAGUUGAAAAGAAGGAACUAAAUGAGGUAAAGCAAGAUAUACCCCUGAAGAAAGAACCAGAGUCGAGACAGGUUAUAGGUGUUUCAUUAUCUGCACAGAAACCUGCAAUUCCCACUUCUGUAGCUAAUCCCAAACAGGAUAAAAAACCUAAUCAAACCCCCAUUCCAAAUCCUAAACCUAUCACUGCACCCACUCCAGCUCCAUCUCCAUCUCCAUCUCCAUCUCCAUCUCCAGCCCCUUCUCGCCCUGCUGGUCUUGGUAGUGGCGCACCGCUACUGGAGCCGGCUCAUCGUGUGGUGGCACCUCAGGCAAAUGGGAAUGGCCCCCCUCUUCAAAAUCAAGUGAUCGAUGAACCAACAAAUGGGGAGGCCGAGGAAAAUGAUGACACUCGUGAAAAACUACAGAUGAUACGGGUCAAGUUUUUGCGUCUUGCUCGUAGGCUUGGUCAGACUCCUCAUAAUGUUGUCGUGGCUCAGGUCUUGUAUAGACUAGGAUUGGCUGAACAACUUAGAGGCAGAAACGGUGGCCGUGUUGCUGCAUUUAGCUUUGAACGCGCUAGUGCCAUGGCUGAGCAGUUGGAGGCAGCUGGACAAGAACCACUUGAGUUCUCAUGCACCAUCAUGGUUCUUGGGAAAACGGGGGUCGGGAAAAGUGCAACUAUAAAUUCUAUAUUUGAUGACACAAAGUUUGGAACCGAUGCGUUUCAAGUUGGAACAAAGAAAGUUCAGGAUGUUGUUGGAACUGUGCAGGGUAUUAAAGUACGUGUUAUUGACACACCAGGCCUUCUUCCAUCGUGGACCGAUCAAAGGAAAAAUGAGAAAAUUCUUCACUCAGUUAAACGUUUUAUUCAAAAAUCACCUCCCGAUAUUGUUUUGUAUCUUGACAGGCUGGACAUGCAGAGUAGGGAUUCAGGUGACAUGCCUCUUUUGCGAACCAUAACCGAUAUCUUUGGUCAAUCUAUAUGGUUUAAUGCCAUUGUGGUCUUGACCCAUGCUGCAUCGGCUCCUCCUGAAGGUCCAAAUGGUACAGCCACUAGUUAUGACAUGUUUGUCACCCAACGGUCUCAUGUGGUCCAGCAAUCCAUUCGGCAGGCUGCUGGUGAUAUGCGGCUCAUGAAUCCUGUUUCAUUAGUGGAGAACCACUCGGCUUGUAGAACAAAUCGGGCUGGUCAACGUGUUUUGCCAAAUGGUCAAGUGUGGAAGCCUCACUUGUUGCUACUUUCAUUUGCCUCAAAGAUUUUGGUGGAGGCUAAUAUGCUUCUGAAGUUGCAAGACUCACCACCUGGAAAGCCGUUUGCAGCCAGAACUCGAGCACCAUCAUUGCCGUUUAUUCUUUCAAAUCUUCUACAAUCAAGACCUCAGCUGAAGUUACCGCAGGAGCAAUUUGGCGAUGAUGAUGAUGAUGGUGAUGAUGAUGACAUGGAUGAGUCAUCUGAUGAAGAAUCGUCAGAAUAUGAUGAAUUACCACCGUUUAAACGGUUGACUAAUUCUCAACUGUCAAAGCUUAGUAAGGCACAGAAGAAAUCUUAUUAUGAUGAAUUGGAAUACAGGGAGAAGCUCUUCAUGAAGAAACAGCUGAAGGAAGAGAAGAAACGAAGAAAAUUGAUGAAGAAGAUGGCAGAAGCUGCUAAGAACUUUCCAACUGAUCUUGUUGAUAAUAGUGUAGAAGAAGACAGUAAUAGUGCUGCGUCUGUCCCUGUUGCUGUUCAGGAUAUGAAUUUGCCUGCUUCAUUUGAUGCAGAUAAUCCUACUCAUCGGUACCGGGCUCUUGACUCUGCCAACCAAUGGCUCAUUAGACCUGUACUUGAUCCACAUGGUUGGGAUCAUGAUGUUGGUUAUGAAGGAAUCAAUGUGGAACACAUACUUGCACUUAAAGAAAAGAUCCCCAUAUCAUUUUCUGGUCAGGUUACCAAAGAUAAAAAAGAUGCUAAUCUCCAAAUGGAGGUAUCAAGUGCAAUGAAGCAUGGAAAAUCAAAAUCAACCACAUUAGCAUUUGAUAUGCAGACUGUUGGAAAAGAGAUGUCAUAUACUCUACGCAGUGACACCCGUUUCAUUAAUUACAGAAAAAACAAAGCAUCGGCUGGUCUUUCGGCUACUUACAUGGGUGAUACGUUAACAGGUGGUGUGAAGUUCGAGGAUAACUUAGUGAUUAAUAAACGGGGACAGUUGGUGGUGGCAGGUGGAGCAGUUAUUGGUCGUGGUGAUGUUGCUUAUGGGGGCAGCUUGGAGGCUACAUUAAGAGACAAGGAUUAUCCUUUGGGUCGGUUUUUGUCAACUAUUGGUCUCUCAGUUAUGGAUUGGCAUGGAGAUCUUGCACUUGGAUGGAAUGCACAGUCUCAGAUUCCUAUUGGCAGAUUUACUAAUCUGAUUGGUCGUGUUAAUCUAAAUAACAAGGGUUCUGGACAAGUUAGUAUGCGGCUGAAUAGCUCAGAACAGCUUCAGAUUGCAUUAGUUGCCUUGGUUCCACUUGUGAGUAAGUUAUUGGGUUAUUAUCAGGACCGGGAUACAACGUAUUAAUGUCAUAUUUUUGGGUUGAAGAAAGUUCUGUAGUAUAAGCUUCAGGAGGGCAAUCGGGCUGAUUACCAACAUAUCGGCCCGGAUCUUUGAAAUAAUUGCCAAAAGGAAGGCAGGAAUGUUUUGUCAUUCUAAUGGAAAAAGUUGGUAAAUGCACAGACUGUAGCUAGAGCUAGAUUUCGAGAAAAUUUCCAUGCUGCUGGUUCCCUUUUUUCCGUCUUCAUUUUCAUCUUUGCUUUCUUCUUGAUAUAGAGAUGUUCUGAUUAGAGUUGCGACCAAGUUUAGUUAUUGUAUCAUACACAUAAUGCCAUAAUGAGCAUGUGACUCAAGGUUUUAAUUUCCUUUAGUGGACAGGACUUCUUUUUGUAGUUUGCGAAAUUUGUUUGGCUUACAACGUUAUGGUGAAUUGGGGCCUGUUCGGGUUGGGGCAGUGGUUUUAGCUGUUAUUUGUUAUAUAUUGUAUUUUGCCAAAAAGGAAGUUUAUUUGUGCCA